CCAUGGUUAUGGGGAAGGGUAAACGACUGCUGUUGUCCCGUAGCAUUAGCCAGCACGCUUGCUGUCAACCAGAAGCUACUACACAAUAAGAGCCUGCAAAUGUAGCAGGUAAACUCUGUUCAUCUGGAGAUACAAAGUUAGCUCUACAAACAAUUUUUCUGCCUCAGAACAUACUCUGUAAACAACAAAACGGAGCGUCACAGUAGAUGGAAGACGUGGUCCCAUGUCAUUAAACUUUUAGUAGCUCAGUCGAGUUUUUCUUGUUUGUGUUUUUGUCUUUAGCGCUCCUCCUAUCUCUCUCUCUCACUCCUCUGCCUUAUCGCGAACAGAGCAGCACAGCCUCACAUGCUAUUCAUCUUUAACGAAGCAUUCUCCGUGCUAGGCAGUAGGCAGGCACACACACCCUACCUCCCCUCAUCGUAGACGCGGACCCUUUUUAAGCAGGCACCAAGGUCCCAUCAAUAGUCCGUCAUUGUAAAUAAGAAUUUGUUCUUAACUGACUUGCCUAGUUAAAUAAAGGUUAGAUAAACAAUACAAAAUCAUUUAAUAGAGAAGGCCACUGUGAACACAGAUGCUGCCUUUCAGUGUAAAUCACAUUGUAAUAUAUUUGGGAGAAAAUACAUUAGAGUGUAGAAUCUUCCUUUUACUGUUGUUUGUUCCUAGAUGCUGAGUUUGAGUGCAAACAUCACUGACUAUCAUGCAAUAUGAGGACACAAAUUAACCCUGUCCUGUCCCCCUGCAGAGCCCCAACUGAAAGGCAUUGUCACGAGACUCUACAACCGGCAUGGCUUCUACCUCCAGAUGCUUCCGGAUGGCACCAUGGACGGCACAAAGGACGAAAGCAGCUCCUUCUUGCAGUUCAACUUGAUUCCUGUGGGCCUGAGGAUAGUAGCCAUCCAGAGCACUAAGACAGGGCUCUACAUUGGGAUGAACAGCGAUGGAUACCUCUACACUUCGGAACACUUCACCCCAGAGUGCAAGUUCAAAGAGAGUGUGUUUGAGAACUACUAUGUGACAUACUCGUCCAUCCUGUACCGGCAGACCCAGUCGGGCAGGGCCUGGUACAUCGGCAUCAACCGGGACGGGCAGGUCAUGAAGGGCAACAGGGUCAAGAAGACCAAGGGGGCCGCCCACUUCCUGCCCAAACUCAUCGAAGUGGCUAUGUACAGGGAGCCGUCGCUACAUGAAGUGGUGGUGGUCGCCGAGCUGAGUUCGCCCAGGAAAAUGGCCAAGGCCUCCGAUUCACCUGUGCUGCAGAACGGCAAAAAAGACCCGCCCUCAAAAACCAAAACCUCCUAGCGCACAGAGAACACAGGGGCGGUCACAUGGUCACUGGGCACUGGCAUGGGCACCUAAAGGAACUACAGGGAUGAUAUAUAGAAGCAAUGGAGCUACUUGAUGGUAGCAUUAGAAGAACUCUAUCUCCCAUAAUGCAAUAGUGAAGGGUUGGGGAAAUAAAUGCCAAUGGAACCCUUCUUUAAAGACAUGGUGUCCCCCCCACCCACUGCAGCCCCCUCCCCUUCUCUUACCCAACACCGCCCCUGUAUGAGUCUGAGAUUUCAGAGCAAUAAAACUUGAGGAAUGAGGCUGGGUGCGUCGUAGCAUGCACUGGUCACGUCACAACUAUAUACACAUCCACUACGGGAAAUUCCCAGAAAGAAGACCGACACCUGUCAUCAGCAUCGUCUGUUUUUAAUCUACGUCACUUCACAAUGAACAAUGUCUUCCUGUUUUUAUUACACAGGGUUGUCACGGUUAAAUGUUUCCCCCCUGCCCCACUGAGCAGCAGGGGGGGUCCUAUUGUUCUACAUUCCCAAAGCUUCCAUCCAUACUAAUGUAAGGUUGAUCCAGGAUGCGUCUGCACCCUAUUUUCAAUACAGUGCACUACUUUGUGUGGGUUGUGGUCAAAAGUCGUGCACUACAAAGGGAAUAGGGUGCCAUUUUGGAUGCAAGCCCAAAACAUCCUUUUGUUCUUAGUUAUCGGUUAGCAGGUCUUCUCUGUCCGUCAGCACCUUUGUGACCAUAGCUAUGUAUCUCCUCCAUACUUUUUUCUUUUUUUUUUCUUUCCCUCAUUAACCUCAGUUUUCCACUCGGCAGCACAAGAAAAAAACUCCUUGUUCCUCUCUAGGGCUGUUUAACAGCAGCUUCCACUGAUCAAAAUCUCCCCAACUCUUGAAAGAGAGAGAGAAACCUCCCUGCUGCACUGAACUACACACACACGAUUGUGUUCACACACACACACACACACACACACACACACACACACCGGCUGGGCAGCAGAGGGAGAGGGUGAUUGUGUGCGGGUCAGAGGUUGAAGAAUGAUGACGAUAUAAUCAGUGAGAUGGUGUAGAUGUUCUGGGAGUCUGUUUGUCCAUGUAGGUUAUUAUUAAACUGACUGCUUUACCCUCUCUGUGCCCAGCCAUGCGUUACACCAUCCUAUAACCACACUAGGUCAUUUCUCUAGCUCAUGUCCCUAACAUGCUGACCACACCGCCCACGUCGCGUGCGCAAGCAUUGCAAAACAAAUGUACACAUACAUGUUAUUCAAUCAUUGCACCCACACUGCUAGCCAGGCGCUAGAAUAGAACUUGGUUCUAUUUGUGACGCUUGAUGCGCUACAAGUCUCGCCUCUCCUAUCUCCUAUUGGUUUUUAGGAGCAUAUUCCCACGUGGGCGAUUGAAAAAUGAACUGAGAGCCACACUCCAGUCCUGUUGGACCCUGUGCAUUUCAGGUAAAAUAACAACCCAAUGUUUAUAUCCCAGGACAA